GCCUCGUUCUCAUGCCUUUUUGUUUCCUUCCUGUCAUUUCAAUCAAGGAGGAAAUGUAAAUCCGACCUAUCCUUCGGAACCAACCCUCAACCUCGACCAGUUGGUCGGUUCCGCUCACUUGCCUUCCUCUCUCACAUUUUCUCUCAAUCGUUGCUGUCAGGAUGACAUCGCACAGGUCCUUUACGAUCGUACUCUUCGCCUUCAUAUCAGCUGUCGUCCUACUAAUAACGGCGAAGCGCUUGGAUCGAGCUACUUGGGAUGCCGAAAAUUUCAAUACAGACCACCUCAACGAAUUCAUCCGGCCUGCUACAGAUGGAACGUCGGACACUGGAAAUGCCUUCAACGCAAGCGCAACGCCAGUUUUCACCACCACUGCCACGGUGACCGUGACGGCGCUGGACACCGAAAAGUCUACUGGCAACGCCAUUCCAGGCAACAAGAACAAAGAUGGCUCCAAAUCAUCACUGUCUCCGGCUCGUGACCCGGCCUGUGAUGGCUUCCCAGACACCUCGGGCAUCCUGCUCGUUAUGAAGACGGGCGCCACAGAGUCGUAUGACAAGCUGCCCGUGCAGAUCAUGACGGCUCUGAAGUGCCUGCCCGACUUCCUGCUAUUCUCGGACCUGGACCAGCGCAUAGGCGGGCAUCACGUCCGUGACAGCCUCGACAGCGUCUUGAGCGAGGCCAAGGAAGACAACGACGACUUUGACCUGUACCGCUUGCAGCAAGAGUGUGCCGUCGACCAGGACAACUGUGUCAAGGUCCUGGAGGCAGCCGACUCGGCCGGGUGGAAUCUCGACAAGUACAAGAACAUCCACAUGGCAGAGAAGAGCUACAGGCUCCGGCCCGACUACGACUGGUACGUGUUCGUCGAUGCGGACACAUAUGUCUCGUGGCCCAACAUGGUGUAUGCCCUCAGGAGGUUGGACCCGGCCAAGGAGCGGUACUUUGGCGUCCCUACCGUGAUUGGUGACAAGCUCUUUGCACAUGGUGGCAGCGGCUAUGUCGUGUCGAGGGGCGCCAUGAGGGAGUUUGCGGGCAAGAAUCCGGGCAUCGCCAACAAGUACGAUGUGGAAAUUAAAGAUAACUGUUGCGGAGACUUCAUGUUUGCCCAGGCGCUGAAUGCGACCAUUGGGAUUUUAGUGGAGGGCUUUUGGCCACUUUCCAACGGCGAGAAACCCUUCACUACACCAUUCGGGCACAACACCUGGUGCCAUGCCGUCGGCAUGAUGCACCACAUGAACAGCGAAGAGAUUUCUUCCUUUUGGGACUUUGAGCGCAAGCGAUACCGCACGAACCACAAACCCCUCGUCUUCAGCGAAGUGUACGACGAGUUCAUCUCGUCCAAGCUCCGGGACGUCCGCGAGGACUGGGACAACGCCUCGGACGGAUGGUUCUACAUCGACACCGAAUCCAAAGACCACGCCUGGGAGGACUGGCGGAUCAGGAAGGCCAAGAAGGAGGACGAGAAGACUGAAUUGGGGAAGGCAGCGCAUGCCAGCUGGGAGGGCUGCAGGGCAGCGUGUCUGGAGCACGACGACUGCUUUCAGUUCAUGUGGCAUAACGAGUGCUGCGCCAUGCACGCCGACUUCAAGCUGGGCAAGCCCGUGAAGAAGGAGGAUAAGGAGAAGCAACGCUACAUAAGCGGCUGGGACGUGGACAAGGUGAAGAGCUGGAUCGCAGAAAAGGGUGACUGCGGGGACAGGGUCGAAUGGCCAGACGUGGUGAAGCCAUUUCUAGAACCGUCGGAAGGGUCAUCAUCAUGAUCAUUGUGAUCUUCGAUUUAUUGGCACUUUGGAGGUGGUCCACUGCACAAUGAAUUCUUGGACGGGGAUGAGGCUCUAUUUGGAUCUUGUUUUUCUUUGGCCGAACUUGUCCAGGGAUGCAGGCCUGGAUAAUGAUUUUUGAGCGUAGUGACUUUGGUACGGCGUUUUUAAGGGCAUAAAAAGGUCACACAGACGGCAUAGGAAACACCCUGGGAGAAUGCCUGGACUGGCCUAUUUCUGUCUUGAUCAUAUAUAUCACUAGCAUGCUUCGACAGAUUAUCGUAUUUAAUGCGACCCUCCUUUAGACACAAAACGAAUGGUUAAGGCUCU